AGCGAAACGUUAUGCAAGUCGAGAUCCCAUCGUCUUAUGACCACGUUAGCAGAACGAAACGGCGAAUUCGACGAACGGAGCCCCGGAAAAAGAUGGUGGCGAUAUCGAUGUACAGAGGCAACCUUCACAAAGUUCCCGACGUGCCUCGCCGGUGGAGAAUGCCGGAGCGUAAUCUCUCUUUCAAGGACUUCAAAUCUCUCCUUCAUCGCCGUAAACGAGCUCUUUCUCGCCUCCCCCUUAAUUCGAACCCUAACCUGAGCCUUAACGUCAAGACUGAGUUGGUUACCGAUGCUACCGAUGCGAUGCCGUCUGAACGGUCCGGUUCGUCUGGGAAGCAGAAGCUGGUUGACGUGAAGAGAGAAGUGAUUGGUGGGAAUCGUGGUAGGGAAGAUGAGAAUGGCAGAUUUGAUGGUUUUGAAGAAGCUCGAGCAGGAGGAUCAGACGGUGGAGAUCGUACCGGGAGAGUGACUGAAUUGAUAUCGAUUAAGGAAACCGAAGAUCUGUCACACGAGGAUGCGGCGAACGAGAAGGCCGAGAUUUUGAAUGCUGAGGAAGAACUAAAAAGGCGCAGCAUCAUACAACAACAAGGAACAACAGCGACUCGUCCUUCCUUACCACUCCAUGUUGAUGUCUCUAAUGACUCGGGAGGUAAUGCUGGUGCUCACAUGGAAGGCGGAGAAACCGACGAUGCAGGGAAUCAUAAUAAUAAUGCUCAAACUCGCACCGUGCUUCGACUAUGCGGUGCGUCUUCAUCAUCUGAAUCUCCUCUCAGAAGAGCAGCAGCCUUUUCACAACACAAUAUGGCUCCGCAUACUUCUCGUUGGAGCCCGCGAGUAGGUCCAUCGCAACCCGUUAACCCGAGUACUGCAGCGGUGACUGUAUCUGCAUCUGGAACAAACUACAUUGCUUCAUCUCCUUCACCAGCUGGUUCUGGUGGCACUUCUGUUUUCAGAGAAGCACGGCUACAGAGUCCAUGGAAC